UUGGUGUUUCAGCGAAAUGUCAGAAACAAAUGAAACAAUAGAAAGUGAUUUGAUACCAAACAAACAUUGAAAAAGUGUUUUUCUCCAAAAAACCUACACUAAUUAGCUUUUUUACUAGUGAGGCAUGUCUGAAAGGUUAAUUCUGAGUAAAAAUCAGGCACAAAUCGACGGUAUAUUAGACGGUUCUCAGAAGCUGUUGCAAAUAUUAACGGCAGAAAGUCGCCCAACUAGUGAAUUCAACGAGUUUAUAACACCUCUUCCAAACAUGGUUGUGGGCAGCGACGGCCGUUUCGCUUACACAAACCAUUUAUUUAACCCUUAUGAACGGGAACAUUGGUGGAUACCAAUGGAUCAUUGCUACGCCAGACCGUGGAAUUGGCGCCCUGAGAGCACAUUCUUGCGCCCCACGAAGACGCUUUUCAUGCCCAAAGUGCCCCCAGGGAGAAAAAAAGCCAUUAAUCCCCUGGCCCCCAUACAGGAAUGUGACGAUGUUAUAGACGUUGUUACAGAUAGCGAGGAACCAACACCGAUCUAUGAUAAAGCGAAAGCUAAACAUUUGAUGGAAGAAUGCGAAAAACACGCCGCUAUGGCCAGAGUUGAUGAGGGUAAUGAGGACUGGGAAGAAAGCGUUUCAAGACUGAACUGGAACACCACACAAAAUAGGCUAUUUAACGGAGUAGUUAAUAUUUUAAACGCUGAUCAUUUGGCACGUUUGGCACACUCUGACUCAAGCAAUGAGGCAAUAGCCAGACGAGUCACAAUCGACAAAUCUGUCGAAAGAAUGCGGCGCUUAAUGGCCACCGUUUCAUGGGACCCUAAAUAUACACAGUGGUUGCAUCAAAUUUUAAUUGACCAUCUUAGCACCUCAUACCUGGCCGCGUACCUAGAUAUACUUCAAACCCUUAGGUCCAAGCUUCCUACAUUUGUAGAUAAAAUGAUGGGCGCUGCAAAUUCCAGUAAAUUAAGUAUUUUAAGUUAUGAAACACUUUUCCCUUUGUUGAAACGACCGUGGGACCCUGUAGCCUCGAGUUUAAUGCAGGACAAGCCAAAAAAAUUACCGGGGAAUCCCGUGAUUGUCGUGGUGCCAUCCACGCCGAUUUCGUCGAAACGCAUGCUAAAGUGGAUCAAUUUGUUGUCCAAUCUGGCCACGGUCAUCACAGUGCCCGCAAAUUACGGCGGCGGGCUGCAUAAGACGACGAUGAUGAAUUGUGUGGAUCAAAUGUUUGUUAUAACCCGGAACAAAAUCCAGGAUAUCCGUCUGGAUUAUCCUGGAAGAAGCAUCGUUUUGGCCGGUUUCGGGUUUGGGGCAACUCUUGCGUUACAAAUAGCUCAAGUCGAGCAAGUGUUAUGCGUUAUAAGUAUCGGUUUUUCGCUUCUAACAGCUGACGGUAAAAGAGGCGAAGUUGAUGAUAAUUUGUUAGAAUUACAGUGCCCUAUUCUUUUUGUUAUUGGACAGUGUUCAAACACUUCGUUGCAGGAAGAUAUGGAAGAUUUGCGGGAGAGAAUGCGGGUGGAAACUGGUUUAAUUGUUGUUGGGAAUGCAGACGAUAAUUUACGCGUGAGUAAAAAGAAGAAAAAGGCUGAGGGCAUAACCCAGAGCAUUGUUGAUCGAUGUGUUGCUGACGAAAUUGGGGAGUUUAUAAGUGGGGUAAUCCUAUCUCCAUAUCCGCCCCAAUUGAGACAAUCCCCGACUAACUUAACUACCGAAGGGCUCGUUUCUAAAAAAUUGAAAUCGGAGCGGAAGAGGUACAAUUCUAAUACAAGUUCCAUAGACAGUGAGCCCCCAUCUCCAACACCGAGGAUAAGUAGACCAGGUCAAAACAGUUCUCACUUGGGGCGCCCGCCUGGGUCCAAAUCCAAGGCCAAAAUGGAGGCCAAAUGGGCAGCGCAAGGUAUCCCGUCCUCUCCUAGUAAUAGCCCUCCACACCUAUCCAACACACCUGACACAUCCUCCAAUGACAGUAUCCUCACAGACAAACUAUCUCUAACAAAUUUCGAUCCAUCUCCCGUUGUUAAAAAACUCAAAACAUUGAAACCAACCGUGGUUUCGCCGGAAAAAACUACAACUAAUCAACACACUUCAACAUCAAACCAGAACACUGCGAAAGCCAUGGGACUGCAAAAUCGAUUGUCUGGUUUGUUACAAGGCGACGUUUCAACGUUAAUCCAGCCAUCGAUGGUCAAGUCAAAUUCGUCGGGGAUCAAAGUUCUAGAAAAUGUGAAAAUAACCGGGGGUUUGAACCCGAAAUUUUUCUCAAAUAACGGUAAGAUGGUAGAUAUGUCCAAAGUAUCAGUGAUUAACCCAAAAUCAAAUAAUGCGAAUUCGUUAGUUUUGUUACCCGAUGGUAAAAUAAAGAGUUACGCGCCCAGUGUCAAAGUACCAGGAGGAAGAUACAUUACUUCAAAGCGCCAGUUGUUGGGUAACAAGCCACCAAAGACGGUUAAAAAAGUGUCAUACAUCUCACAACCCAUGCAGACUAACCUAUCCCCUCCCACAAACCUGACGACUCAAGACAUCAUGAAUUUGCCGAUAAUUUUCGCCGAUGAUAAUCAAAUUCUAGACAACACUCUCACCCAACCUGAAAUGAAACCUGUCCCAUCGUCACCAAACUCAAAACUGUCUGCCAACACUGGUAGUAAAUUUAUGCUUAUAAACAACAAACCCAGCAAUUUUAUCAUAUCACCGAACCCUAAACCCAGCGUUUCACAACCCGCGAAAGCUACACCAAAGUACACGAAAAUCAUCCUUUCGUCAAAACAAACCGCCACUUCAAACGUGGUGAAAAAAAUUACAAACUUGCCGUCGGAAAUAUCGGUUCGGAAGGUAACUCCGAGCGAAACAGCCACAAUUAGCCAAAGCGAAGAACUGGAUUUGGAAAAUGAGAUCGCGGCUAGCACUUUGUACAAAAGGAAGGUCGAAAGUACCGACGCCGAGUGUUUGGAGAUUGUUAGUAACAAACCAGAGGAGGAAAAACUCGAAGGGGAAUCGGUCAAGAGAACAGCCGAGGAAGCCAACAUUGAUAAUGAUGAAAGCACGCCUUGUAAAAUUUCGAAAGUUGAAACUGCUUGAGUUAUUUAACCAAAUAUAUUUGUUACACGUUAA